AUGGCAGAAGCAAGUCUUUUCAUCAAGCACGAAUCUGACGAUCGCAGCAAUCCAUUUAUGAUGUCUCACUCCGGUUACUCCAUGGGCGGUAACCAGUUCGGGAACCCCAAUGAAGGGGUAGACCCCUCGGACUUGACUAUGCAACAGGGCGGCUUCAUGCCAUACUCGUACGGUUCACAACAGAAUAUGGGCUCCAGCUUCAACUUUGGAAACUCUGGAAUCGACACCGAUGAACUUUUGGACCUCGAAAUCAGCGGGCAAAAUGGCGUCCAGCGAGACAAUAAUAUUAACUACAUGCACGACCAGUCCGCUGGCGGUAUCGCCAUGAGUCACCAGAGUCAAAUGUCGCAUCUCUACUCAAACACCCCCGAUGGCGCCCCGAUGGCCAGUCCCUUUGUCAAUAACUCUUUCAACUACGAGCAGUUCCGCAUGAACCAACAGAACCCCCAUGUCCAGAGCGGCUCAUUCGACCAGAACUACCUGAGCAGCAAGUCUCGCCCAGGCUUGUCCACGAUGGACCGUACAUCCUCGGAUGCUCGGAGUCCCAUGACCCCGAAGACUCCCGCUCUGGGGUCCUUGACAUUGGGCACUCCGGAAUCCGGGAGCUUCCCAGGUCAACCCAUCCGAACUAGUGGAUUGCAACACCGCCACCAGAAGACAUUGUCGAAUCAAUGGGAUGGAACUCCCGGCAGCGCGCAUUCCUAUGUCGAUUCACCCAUCUCCCUCCCCGGUCACCACGGCCAACAUGCCGGCAUUUCCGAGAUCAUCAAGUCGGGCAAACACGCAUCGCUCCCGACCAAAGUCGACUCCCACCUGCCGGGUGGCCAGGACCUGGAAUCUCAAGAGGCCAAGCGGCGCCGACGUCGCGCUUCACACAAUCUCGUCGAACGCCGCCGCCGCGACAACAUCAACGAGCGCAUCCAGGAUCUCUCCCACCUCGUACCACAGCACCGUCUCGAGGAUGACAAGGUGCGCAAGCAGCUCGUCAACAACAGUGCCCUCUCCAUGGCCGGUGCCGGUGGAAAUGCCGCAACAUCUCUCCUGGCCGGCGGCAAUGGACGUCGCGCUACCCCAGGCAAUAUCACGAUGGGCCUACCCAUCGAAGAGAAAGAGAAAGGGCCCAACAAGGGUGACAUCCUCAACGGCGCCGUCAGCUGGAUGCGCGAUCUGAUGUGGGCCCUUCACGUCAAGUACCAGCAAGAAGCCGAGCUAGCCGAGAUGAUCGGCAGCCUCGGUGGAACCUGGCCCUUCGAGCCUACUGAGGAAGAGAAGCGCAUGCGCAGCGAGAUCCUCGACGCCCUGGAGAAGAACGAUCCUACCUCUUUCGCCUACACCCGUGGCCCCGGAAGCGGUCUCCGCGUUCCUAAGCACACCAACCUCGCCGGCGACCCUGCACAAGGCGCCGAUGCUCUGACUCCACCAACUUGA